AUGGCAACUCAAAUCAUGGUAACCAUGCUGCUUUUUGGAAUAAUGGGUAAGUGAUGAAAACUCUUGAUUAAAUCGUGCUUUAUGUAUUGUUUUCAAAAUUUACAUUUAAGUAAUUUGACAUAGUUUUUGUGUCCUAAUGUUAGUAUUGAAAUAUUAUUAUUAUGUUGGUGUAUGACAUCAGGUUAUAGCCUUUUGCAUUGUUUAAACAUUUAUUUAGCCAAACAUGCAUAUAUGUCAAAGGAUUAUAUUAAUUAUCACAAGAUUACAGUAUAAUUCUGCAGUGACAGUAAUUCCACACAUGCAGUGCCACGGUUUAAUGCAACUCAAGAUAAACUGUGACACACAUGCCUCCAGUUUUUAUUCUUUCUCCUUAAACAUCAUAAACAUAUUGUGAUAUUAUUUAACAGCAACAGCAGAUUCAAAAUCCUGCUCUCUUGGCAGAAAAAGUUAACUGGCUCUUCAUCUACUCAUUAUAGCAGCAUAUCAAACGUCUAUUUCUUCUGUCAACUUUGUGACAAGUGUAUCAUUAAGAAAUGUAAACAUACACUGUAUGCUUAAUCACUGACCCACUUUUUUGCUUGUUUAAUUUUGCAUCAUGCAUUAUCACGCAUUAUCAUAGCAUAAUAAUGCAUAAUGCCAGGUAGGUAGCAUAUGCAGUAAGUAUUAAUCAAUUACUCAAAACAACAGCCCCAGCUGGUGGGUGGAUGGGAAAAGUACAGCCUAGAAACAACAUUGGAAAUCAUGGUAAAUCAUACCAGUGGAUCACACUUUUUACCUAUGGGUAACUACUUUUAACACUAAGCAAAUAAUUUUCAUGAGGUUUUAAGGACAGAUCCAUAUGUGCAUUUUUAAAAAUGUUUUAGGACACUGCUUGCUAAUGAAUGCUAGUUUGAUUCCCUGAUGGUUCUAGAACUUGCAAAAUUAAAAUUGACUUGUACAUUUAAAUUAGAAGGAGUGGUAAGUCUGGUUUUGCUUGGUCUUGAGGCAGGUGUAUUCACUAACUGACUUUCAGUCUAUUGUAUUUGGCAUGCUUAACUUCUGUUUCCUAAAUAUAGUCAUUCAUUCCUUUUUAAAUACAGCAACUCAGUGGACAACCACCACUCAGACCACAACUACCCCAGUAACAACAAGUAAGUCAAAUCCAGAAUAGUAUGUCACAACUACCACUAUCCCCCCAUUUACAACAAAUAAGUUGAAUCCAAAAUACUACGCCUUUUGUCAUUUGUUCAAAAAGAAAUAUUCUUAUUAAUUUACAGCACAGCAAAUACAAUUUACCUCUUAAAAAAUAACAGAUCACUAUUAUUCAGCCUCCAGGACUUGACUAAGAUAAUUUUGUUGUUGGCAGACAGUGAUUAGAUUUGGUUUUAUCACUUCUCUUGCCACAGUGUUUUAAUAACAAAGAGGAUUAAACUCAAUGUCUAAAUCAAUUACUUCACAAAAUAUUUGGUAUAUAAUAAUAAGUAAGUAAAUAAGAUAGAUAAUAAGAAUAGAAAUUCCUAUAUCUUUGUCAGGUAGUUGUUAGCCAGCUUGAUAACCUGACACAAUAUCCAUUACACUUUAUAUCCCUGAGAUACACAGUCAAACUGGCCAGAUAUCAUAUGUCAUGUGCAUUCAUAACUUUGUAUAGAAGGAAUAAGGCAUCUAGUUUAAUAUCGCAUUAUUAUGGUUUAGUAGAGCCAAGUUGGCAGGUAGCAUAUGCAGCAAGUAUAAAUCAAAAACUAUAGCCCCAGCUAGUGGCGGGUGGGAAAAGUACAGCCUAGAGAGAACAUUGGAAAUCAUAGUGCAUCAUUCCAGUGGAUCACAGUUUCUACCUUUGAGUUACUAUUUUUCAAAUAUUUUUCAGGGAGUUUUCAUGCGUUACCUCUGUUUCUGAAAUAUAGUACUCUUUUCUUUUUUGGCUUCAGCAUAUACAUGGACAACCACCACUGAGACUUCAACUACUACUGCCGCAGUUAAAACAAGUAAGCUUAAUUCAAAAUUCCACUCCUUAUGUCAGUUGCUCAGGUUAGGUAUUGGUUAAUAGCAGAGCAAGUACAAUUAACCAAUAGAGAAAGAGACUGCCAUCAUUCAGACUCUAGGCCCUAGAGUCUAUGGGCUCUAUUUUCGUGCCUCGCCGGAUACGUGCCGCAGGCGUGGCGUAAGUCAGGUCCGUCACGCCGACAAGGCGUUCCCAAGCACAAUUUGGUAUUUUGGUGAGCGGCGCAGCCCGGCGUAAGUAUCCCCCCUCCCUAACUCAGCUCCUCCCAGGGGCGUAAGUCGUAGUGAGGGAGGAGAAAGGGUGUGGAGUGGGUUUAACACAGCCGAGACCUGUUCUCACCAAUCACAUAAGCUCCUUAAAUCCGCCACCGGCAAGGCGUAUUACUAUUUUCAUGAAGUAGUCAAAGAGAUCAAGAGAUGUCUUAAGACAGCAAUGCCACACGAUGGCGACAGAAGGCAGCUCCUCAACAAGUGUCACUGUAAGCGCUGCAUUGGGCGUCCUUCACGCUCUCUCAUAUGAGCACAGAUGGAUUUGGUGUGUGUAAUGUUGGACCCACUAGUAAGACAAACACCCUUUUCCACAAAUAAAGACACUCACAUAAAGUUGCAUAUAUUCAAACCUCACGUGACAAAGGUGGGUUGAGCGCACAGAUCACAACAUAAACUUCAAAAAUGGCAUUAAAAUCGGAACCAUCUGUGUGUAAAUGACGCAUCGCGCUCCGUGGCUUGGCUCUUUCUUUAAUAGAUGUUGGCAUAUAAAAUAAUUUGGCUCACAAUACUGAAUGUUAUAAUAUUGGUUUGUAGGCUUAAAGUAAAUAACUCAUCUGAUCACUGAAACAAAUCAUUUGUUCAGCUGCAGCAGGACGGAGAGAGGACACAGAGACAUGUCCAGGUCGAGCUGCGCGAGAAAUAAGAGGAAGAGGAAGAAAGAAAAGGAGGGAGACAAAUUAAAUAUCUUGUUAACUUCAUCAUGUGUUUCCAUUCAUCUAUUUACUAGAUAUUUAAUUUAAUUUAAUGCGUUUUCAGCUGUGUUGAUUCGGUCAGGUUGUGUGUCCAAACGCGUGCCAAACAAGCUCAUCAGAUCAGAUAUAGAUCAGAAUAUAUCUAUAUAGAUCUAAAUGUAUGUGCUGACUCAGAUUAAUAGUUGUUGUUGAUUAUUUAUUGCACUGAAAUGUGCCUGACACUGUGGAAACCUGCCGGUGAGGCAUCGGUGAUGUAUGCUGAUACGACGCUGGUCUACCAAGAUACCACUAGACCAGCUGCACUCCACCUGCGCUGAAAGCUGACCAGGUUUGAAUCACCAAGCUUUCAGCGCAGUUUACACGCCACUGGCGAGCACGAAAAUGUCACUGCGCCCACUGAUUUUGUCGACACCUCCCCCUGCCACGCCACCACGCCCAGCUUGGGGGAUCUCGGUUCGCCUCCGUGCGCCUCAGUCCACGAAAAUACCAAACUGGCUGUACGCCGGGCUCGGACAGACGAAAAUACAACUACGCGGGGUCUGCCACCCUCCGCCGCUUCACCGGCGUACACGAAAAUAGAGCCCCUUGUUCUGUACAGGAAAUUGAAAGCCAGUUUGAUAACAACAAGUUAGUCGAAUCCAGAAUUGUAUGCCUUUUAAUAGAAUCAGAUGGUCGUAGGACUUUUACAUUUUGUUACCUGUAUGUUUACAUGAGUAGGAGAAUAGGCAUGUCUUGCCCUCUCUGAAAAGAAAUAAAACAUGAGUCCUCAUUUUAGCAUGGUUUUACUAAACUUUGAGGCAGGUAUAUUCACUUACUAACUUUCAGUCAAUUGUAUUUGGCAUGUGUUACCUCUGUUUCCUGAAUAUAGUCAUCCAUUCUUUUUUUUUUUCAGCUAAACCACCUACCCUGAAAACCAUGGCUAAGACCAAAGCUGAGAGCACAACUACUACUGCCCCAGUUACAAAAAGUAAGUUAAUUCCAAAAUACUACACCUUUUGUCAUAUGUUAAAAAGUAUGUUUUUUAUUGGUUAAUAGCAGAACAAGUACAAAUAACCACUAGAGAAAUAUCAGAUCACUUUCAUUCAGACUCCAGGACUUGAAUAACAUAAUUCUGUAAGAAGAGUAAAGCAUUACAUAGUAAAUUACAUUGUUGCAUUAUUGGUAAUAUAGUGCAAAGUUGGUAGAUAGCAUGUGCAGUAAGUAUAAAUCAAAACUAUAGUCCAAGCUAGAGGUUAGGGGGAAAAGUACAGCCUAGAAACAGCAUUGGAAAUCAUGGUAAAUCAUACCAGUGGAUCACACUUUUUACCUAUGGGUUACUACUUGUUACACUGAGCAAAUACUUUUCAGGGAGUUUUCAGAGCUAACCAGGUUUUUCUUCAAAAGGUUUUAGGUUACUGCCUUCAAAUAAAUGCAAGUUUGUUUUUCUCAUGGUCCUAGGACUUUCACAUUUACAUUAAGAGGAGACAAAGCAUGUCAUGGUCUCUAUAGUAUAUACAACAUGAGUGCACAUUUUAGUCUGGUUUUACUUGGUCUUGAGGCAGGCAGGUGUAAUUCCUAACUGACUCUCAGUCUAUUUUAAUUGGCAUGCUUAACUUCUGUUUCCCAAAUAUAGUAAUCCAUUGUUUUUUUGUUUUAUGACAGCAACUCCAACAACAACCACGACUCAGGCCACUACUACUACUACUGCUCCAGGAACAACAAGUAAGCUGAACCAAGAAUACUAUGCCUUUUGUCAUUUGUUAAAAGCAGUAUAUGUUUUUUAUUUGUUUACAACAGAGCAAAUACAAUUUACCACUAAAGAAAUAACGCAAAAGCAAAGCAAAUACACUUUACCACUAGACUGUAAUGAUUCAGACACCGGGAUUUAAAUAGGAUAUAUCCAUUAUUAGCAGACAGCACUUAGAUUCAGUUUUAUUAUUUCUCUUACCACACUGUUUUAAUAUCAAGAAGGAUAAAUGAAUGGUCCAAAUCAAUCACUCAACAAAAUAUUUGGUAUGAUGACAUAAUGUUUACAAUCACAAACCUUUCCUGGUUACACCUGCUUGCUAAUGGUUACUUCUUGAUUUUCUUCUGGUCCUUUGACUUUUUUUGACUACUUGAUCUGAUUUCUGUCUGUUAAAUUUGGCAUGCUCAACUUUUGUUCUCUAAAUAUGGUCAUUCAUUGCUUUUUAUCUGCAGCAACUCCAUUGACAACCACCACUCAGACCACAACUACUACUGGCCCAGUUACGACAAGUAAGUUAAAUCCAAAAUCCUACUCCUUUCAUUUAUUAAGAAAGUAUAUUUUUCAUAAAUUAACAGCAGAACAAGUACAAUUAACCAUUAGAGAAAUAUCAUAUCACUUUCAUUCAGACUCCAGGACUUGAAUAACAUAAUUCUGUUACUGGUAGAGGGUAAUUAGAUUCAGUAUUAUUAUCUCUCAAACUAAACUGUUUUAGAGUCAUGGGAUAAAAUAGGUCCAAAUCAAUCGUCCACCAAAAUAUUUGGCACAAGUUUUACAUAAAAAGGUGUACAAUCCUUAAUCUUUGAUCUGGUUGGGUAGCUGUAAGCCAGUUUGAUAACCUGACACAACCUCAGUUCAACUUUAUAUCCCUUUAAUCAUUAUACUGCCAUGUUUUCCCGGACACCAUGAGUCACAUGUAUUCAUCACUUGGUGGUAAAGGAGUACAGCAUCAAGUAUUAAAUUGCAUUGUUAUGGUAAAAUAGCGCAAAGUUGGUAGAUAGCAUGUGCAUUAAGUAUAAAUCAAAACUAUUGCCCAAGCUAGAAGUUAGUGGGAAAAGUACAGCCUAGAAACAGCAUUGGAAAUCAUGGUAAAUCAUACCAGUGGAUCACACUUUUUACCUAUAGGUUACUACUUGAUACACUGAGCAAAUAUUUUUCAGGGAGUUUUCAGAGCUAACCGGGUUUUUCUUCAAACGGUUUUAGGUUACUGCCUUCAAAUAAAUGCAAGUUUGUUUUUAUCAUGGCUCUAGGACUUUCACAUUUACAUUAAGAGGAGACAAAGCAUGUCAUGGUCUCUAUAGUAUAUACAACAUGAGUGCACAUUUUAGUCUGGUUUUACUUGGUCUUGAGGCAGGCAGGUGUAAUUCCUAAAUGACUCUCAGUCUAUUUUAAUUAGCAUGCUUAACUUCUGAUUCCCAAAUAUAGUAAUGCAUUGUUUUUUUUGUUUUUUUUAUGACAGCAACUCCAACAACAACCACGACUCAGGCCACUACUACUACUACUCCUCCAGUAACAACAAGUAAGCUGAACCAAGAAUACUAUGCCUUUUGUCAUUUGUUAAAAGCAGUUUAUGUUUUUUAUUUGUUUACAACAGAGCAAAUACAAUUUACCACUAAAGAAAUAACGCUAAAGCAAAGCAAAUACACUUUACCACUAGACUGCAAUGAUUCAGAUACCGGGAUUUAAAUAGGAUAUAUCCAUUAUUAGCAGACAGCACAUAGAUUCAGUUUUAUUAUUUCUCUUACCACACGGUUUUAAUAUCAAAAAGGAUAAAUAAAUGGUCCAAAUCAAUCACUGAACAAAAUAUUUGGUAUGAUGACAUAUUGUUUACAAUCACAAACCUUUCCUGGUUACACCUGCUUACUAAUGGUUACUUCUUGAUUUUCUUCUGGUCCUUUGACUUUUUUUGACUACUUGUUCUGAUUUCUGUCUGUUGAAUUUGGCAUGCUCAACUUCUGUUUUCUAAAUAUGGUCAUUCAUUACUAUUUAUCUGCAGCAACUCCAUUGACAACCACCACUCAGACCACAACUACUACUGGCCCAGUUACGACAAGUAAGUUAAAUCCAAAAUCCUACUCCUUUCAUUUAUUAAGAAAGUAUAUUUUUCAUAAAUUAACAGCAGAACAAGUACAAUUAACCAUUAGAGAAAUAUCAUAUCACUUUCAUUCAGACUCCAGGACUUGAAUAACAUAAUUCUGUUACUGGUAGAGGGUAAUUAGAUUCAGUAUUAUUAUCUCUCAAACUAAACUGUUUUAGAGUCAUGGGAUAAAAUAGGUCCAAAUCAAUCGUCCACCAAAAUAUUUGGCACAAGUUUUACAUAAAAAGGUGUACAAUCCUUAAUCUUUGAUCUGGUUGGGUAGCUGUAAGCCAGUUUGAUAACCUGACACAACCUCAGUUCAACUUUAUAUCCCUUUAAUCAUUAUACUGCCAUGUUUUCCCGGACACCAUGAGUCACAUGUAUUCAUCACUUGGUGGUAAAGGAGUACAGCAUCAAGUAUUAAAUUGCAUUGUUAUGGUAAAAUAGCGCAAAGUUGGUAGAUAGCAUGUGCAUUAAGUAUAAAUCAAAACUAUUGCCCAAGCUAGAAGUUAGUGGGAAAAGUACAGCCUAGAAACAGCAUUGGAAAUCAUGGUAAAUCAUACCAGUGGAUCACACUUUUUACCUAUAGGUUACUACUUGAUACACUGAGCAAAUAUUUUUCAGGGAGUUUUCAGAGCUAACCGGGUUUUUCUUCAAACGGUUUUAGGUUACUGCCUUCAAAUAAAUGCAAGUUUGUUUUUAUCAUGGCUCUAGGACUUUCACAUUUACAUUAAGAGGAGACAAAGCAUGUCAUGGUCUCUAUAGUAUAUACAACAUGAGUGCACAUUUUAGUCUGGUUUUACUUGGUCUUGAGGCAGGCAGGUGUAAUUCCUAAAUGACUCUCAGUCUAUUUUAAUUAGCAUGCUUAACUUCUGAUUCCCAAAUAUAGUAAUGCAUUGUUUUUUUUGUUUUUUUUAUGACAGCAACUCCAACAACAACCACGACUCAGGCCACUACUACUACUACUACUCCUCCAGUAACAACAAGUAAGCUGAACCAAGAAUACUAUGCCUUUUGUCAUUUGUUAAAAGCAGUUUAUGUUUUUUAUUUGUUUACAACAGAGCAAAUACAAUUUACCACUAAAGAAAUAACGCUAAAGCAAAGCAAAUACACUUUACCACUAGACUGCAAUGAUUCAGAUACCGGGAUUUAAAUAGGAUAUAUCCAUUAUUAGCAGACAGCACAUAGAUUCAGUUUUAUUAUUUCUCUUACCACACGGUUUUAAUAUCAAGAAGGAUAAAUGAAUGGUCCAAAUCAAUCACUGAACAAAAUAUUUGGUAUGAUGACAUAAUGUUUACAAUCACAAACCUUUCCUGGUUACACCUGCUUACUAAUGGUUACUUCUUGAUUUUCUUCUGGUCCUUUGACUUUUUUUGACUACUUGAUCUGAUUUCUGUCAUGCUCAACUUCUGUUCUCUAAAUAUGGUCAUUCAUUGCUUUUUAUCUGCAGCAACUCCAUUGACAACCACCACUCAGACCACAACUACUACUGGCCCAGUUACGACAAGUAAGUUAAAUCCAAAAUCCUACUCCUUUCAUUUAUUAAGAAAGUAUAUUUUUCAUAAAUUAACAUCAGAACAAGUACAAUUAACCACUAGAGAAAUAUCAUAUCACUUUCAUUCAGACUCCAGGACUUGAAUAACAUAAUUCUGUUACUGGUAGAGGGUAAUUAGAUUCAGUAUUAUUAUCUCUCAAACUAAACUGUUUUAGAGUCAUGGGAUAAAAUAGGUCCAAAUCAAUCGUCCACCAAAAUAUUUGGCACAAGUUUUACAUAAAAAGGUGUACAAUCCUUAAUCUUUGAUCUGGUUGGGUAGCUGUAAGCCAGUUUGAUAACCUGACACAACCUCAGUUCAACUUUAUAUCCCUUUAAUCAUUAUACUGCCAUGUUUUCCCAGACACCAUGAGUCACAUGUAUUCAUCACUUGGUGGUACAGGAGUAUAGCAUCAAGUAUUAUAUUGCAUUGUUUUGGUAAAAUAGUGCAAAGUUGGUAGAUAGCAUGUGCAGUAAGUAUAAAUCAAAACUAUUGCCCAAGCUAGAAGUUAGUGGGAAAAGUACAGCCUAGAAACAGCAUUGGAAAUCAUGGUAAAUCAUAUCAGUGGAUCACACUUUUUACCUAUGGGUUACUACUUGUUAUAGUGAGCAAAUAUUUUUCAGGGAGUUUUCAGAGCUAACCAGGUUUUUCUUCAAAAGGUUUUUGGUUACUGCCUUCAAAUAAAUGCAAGUUUGUUUUUCUCAUGGUCCUAGGACUUUCACAUUUACAUUAAGAGGAGACAAAGCAUGUCAUGGUCUCUAUAGUAUAUACAACAUGAGUGCACAUUUUAGUCUGGUUUUACUUGGUCUUGAGGCAGGCAGGUGUAAUUCCUAACUGACUCUCAGUCUAUUUUAAUUAGCAUGCUUAACUUCUGAUUCCCAAAUAUAGUAAUGCAUUGUUUUUUUUGUUUUUUUUAUGACAGCAACUCCAACAACAACCACGACUCAGGCCACUACUACUACUACUCCUCCAGUAACAACAAGUAAGCUGAACCAAAAAUACUAUGCCUUUUGUCAUUUGUUAAAAGCAGUUUAUGUUUUUUAUUUGUUUACAACAGAGCAAAUACAAUUUACCACUAAAGAAAUAACGCAAAAGCAAAGCAAAUACACUUUACCACUAGACUGCAAUGAUUCAGAUACCGGGAUUUAAAUAGGAUAUAUCCAUUAUUAGCAGACAGCACUUAGAUUCAGUUUUAUUAUUUCUCUUACCACACUGUUUUAAUAUCAAGAAGGAUAAAUGAAUGGUCCAAAUCAAUCACUGAACAAAAUAUUUGGUAUGAUGACAUAUUGUUUACAAUCACAAACCUUUCCUGGUUACACCUGCUUGCUAAUGGUUACUUCUUGAUUUUCUUCUGGUCCUUUGACUUUUUUUGACUACUUGAUCUGAUUUCUGUCUGUUGAAUUUGGCAUGCUCAACUUCUGUUUUCUAAAUAUGGUCAUUCAUUACUAUUUAUCUGCAGCAACUCCAUUGACAACCACCACUCAGACCACAACUACUCAUGGCCCAGUUACGACAAGUAAGUUAAAUCCAAAAUCCUACUCCUUUCAUUUAUUAAGAAAGUAUAUUUUUCAUAAAUUAACAGCAGAACAAGUACAAUUAACCACUAGAGAAAUAUCAUAUCACUUUCAUUCAGACUCCAGGACUUGAAUAACAUAAUUCUGUUACUGGUAGAGGGUAAUUAGAUUCAGUAUUAUUAUCUCUCAAACUAAACUGUUUUAGAGUCAUGGGAUAAAAUAGGUCCAAAUCAAUCGUCCACCAAAAUAUUUGGCACAAGUUUUACAUAAAAAGGUGUACAAUCCUUAAUCUUUGAUCUGGUUGGGUAGCUGUAAGCCAGUUUGAUAACCUGACACAACCUCAGUUCAACUUUAUAGCCCUUUAAUCAUUAUACUGCCAUGUUUUCCCGGACACCAUGAGUCACAUGUAUUCAUCACUUGGUGGUAAAGGAGUACAGCAUCAAGUAUUAAAUUGCAUUGUUAUGGUAAAAUAGUGCAAAGUUGGUAGAUAGCAUGUGCAUUAAGUAUAAAUCAAAACUAUUGCCCAAGCUAGAAGUUAGUGGGAAAAGUACAGCCUAGAAACAGCAUUGGAAAUAAUGGUAAAUCAUACCAGAGGAUCACACUUUUUACCUAUAGGUUACUACUUGUUACAGUGAGCAAAUAUUUUUCAGGGAGUUUUCAGAGCUAACCAGGUUUUUCUUCAAAAGGUUUUUGGUUACUGCCUUCAAAUAAAUGCAAGUUUGUUUUUCUCAUGGUCCUAGGACUUUCACAUUUACAUUAAGAGGAGACAAAGCAUGUCAUGGUCUCUAUAGUAUAUACAACAUGAGUGCACAUUUUAGUCUGGUUUUACUUGGUCUUGAGGCAGGCAGGUGUAAUUCCUAAAUGACUCUCAGUCUAUUUUAAUUAGCAUGCUUAACUUCUGAUUCCCAAAUAUAGUAAUGCAUUGUUUUUUUUGUUUUUUUUAUGACAGCAACUCCAACAACAACCACGACUCAGGCCACUACUACUACUACUCCUCCAGUAACAACAAGUAAGCUGAACCAAAAAUACUAUGCCUUUUGUCAUUUGUUAAAAGCAGUUUAUGUUUUUUAUUUGUUUACAACAGAGCAAAUACAAUUUACCACUAAAGAAAUAACGCUAAAGCAAAGCAAAUACACUUUACCACUAGACUGCAAUGAUUCAGAUACCGGGAUUUAAAUAGGAUAUAUCCAUUAUUAGCAGACAGCACAUAGAUUCAGUUUUAUUAUUUCUCUUACCACACGGUUUUAAUAUCAAGAAGGAUAAAUAAAUGGUCCAAAUCAAUCACUGAACAAAAUAUUUGGUAUGAUGACAUAUUGUUUACAAUCACAAACCUUUCCUGGUUACACCUGCUUACUAAUGGUUACUUCUUGAUUUUCUUCUGGUCCUUUGACUUUUUUUGACUACUUGUUCUGAUUUCUGUCUGUUGAAUUUGGCAUGCUCAACUUCUUUUUUCUAAAUAUGGUCAUUCAUUACUAUUUAUCUGCAGCAACUCCAUUGACAACCACCACUCAGACCACAACUACUACUGGCCCAGUUACGACAAGUAAGUUAAAUCCAAAAUCCUACUCCUUUCAUUUAUUAAGAAAGUAUAUUUUUCAUAAAUUAACAGCAGAACAAGUACAAUUAACCACUAGAGAAAUAUCAUAUCACUUUCAUUCAGACUCCAGGACUUGAAUAACAUAAUUCUGUUACUGGUAGAGGGUAAUUAGAUUCAGUAUUAUUAUCUCUCAAACUAAACUGUUUUAGAGUCAUGGGAUAAAAUAGGUCCAAAUCAAUCGUCCACCAAAAUAUUUGGCACAAGUUUUACAUAAAAAGGUGUACAAUCCUUAAUCUUUGAUCUGGUUGGGUAGCUGUAAGCCAGUUUGAUAACCUUACACAACCUCAGUUCAACUUUAUAUCCCUUUAAUCAUUAUACUGCCAUGUUUUCCCAGACACCAUGAGUCACAUGUAUUCAUCACUUGGUGGUACAGGAGUAUAGCAUCAAGUAUUAUAUUGCAUUGUUUUGGUAAAAUAGUGCAAAGUUGGUAGAUAGCAUGUGCAGUAAGUAUAAAUCAAAACUAUUGCCCAAGCUAGAAGUUAGUGGGAAAAGUACAGCCUAGAAACAGCAUUGGAAAUCAUGGUAAAUCAUAUCAGUGGAUCACACUUUUUACCUAUGGGUUACUACUUGUUACAGUGAGCAAAUAUUUUUCAGGGAGUUUUCAGAGCUAACCAGGUUUUUCUUCAAAAGGUUUUUGGUUACUGCCUUCAAAUAAAUGCAAGUUUGUUUUUCUCAUGGUCCUAGGACUUUCACAUUUACAUUAAGAGGAGACAAAGCAUGUCAUGGUCUCUAUAGUAUAUACAACAUGAGUGCACAUUUUAGUCUGGUUUUACUUGGUCUUGAGGCAGGCAGGUGUAAUUCCUAAAUGACUCUCAGUCUAUUUUAAUUAGCAUGCUUAACUUCUGAUUCCCAAAUAUAGUAAUGCAUUGUUUUUUUUGUUUUUUUUAUGACAGCAACUCCAACAACAACCACGACUCAGGCCACUACUACUACUACUCCUCCAGUAACAACAAGUAAGCUGAACCAAGAAUACUAUGCCUUUUGUCAUUUGUUAAAAGCAGUUUAUGUUUUUUAUUUGUUUACAACAGAGCAAAUACAAUUUACCACUAAAGAAAUAACGCAAAAGCAAAGCAAAUACACUUUACCACUAGACUGCAAUGAUUCAGAUACCGGGAUUUAAAUAGGAUAUAUCCAUUAUUAGCAGACAGCACUUAGAUUCAGUUUUAUUAUUUCUCUUACCACACUGUUUUAAUAUCAAGAAGGAUAAAUGAAUGGUCCAAAUCAAUCACUCAACAAAAUAUUUGGUAUGAUGACAUAAUGUUUACAAUCACAAACCUUUCCUGGUUACACCUGCUUACUAAUGGUUACUUCUUGAUUUUCUUCUGGUCCUUUGACUUUUUUUGACUACUUGAUCUGAUUUCUGUCUGUUGAAUUUGGCAUGCUCAACUUCUGUUUUCUAAAUAUGGUCAUUCAUUACUAUUUAUCUGCAGCAACUCCAUUGACAACCACCACUCAGACCACAACUACUCAUGGCCCAGUUACGACAAGUAAGUUAAAUCCAAAAUCCUACUCCUUUCAUUUAUUAAGAAAGUAUAUUUUUCAUAAAUUAACAGCAGAACAAGUACAAUUAACCACUAGAGAAAUAUCAGAUCACUUUCAUUCAGACUCCAGGACUUGAAUAACAUAAUUCUGUUACUGGUAGAGGGUAAUUAGAUUCAGUAUUAUUAUCUCUCAAACUAAACUGUUUUAGAGUCAUGGGAUAAAAUAGGUCCAAAUCAAUCGUCCACCAAAAUAUUUGGCACAAGUUUUACAUAAAAAGGUGUACAAUCCUUAAUCUUUGAUCUGGUUGGGUAGCUGUAAGCCAGUUUGAUAACCUGACACAACCUCAGUUCAACUUUAUAUCCCUUUAAUCAUUAUACUGCCAUGUUUUCCCGGACACCAUGAGUCACAUGUAUUCAUCACUUGGUGGUAAAGGAGUACAGCAUCAAGUAUUAAAUUGCAUUGUUAUGGUAAAAUAGCGCAAAGUUGGUAGAUAGCAUGUGCAUUAAGUAUAAAUCAAAACUAUUGCCCAAGCUAGAAGUUAGUGGGAAAAGUACAGCCUAGAAACAGCAUUGGAAAUCAUGGUAAAUCAUACCAGUGGAUCACACUUUUUACCUAUAGGUUACUACUUGAUACACUGAGCAAAUAUUUUUCAGGGAGUUUUCAGAGCUAACCAGGUUUUUCUUCAAAAGGUUUUAGGUUACUGCCUUCAAAUAAAUGCAAGUUUGUUUUUAUCAUGGCUCUAGGACUUUCACAUUUACAUUAAGAGGAGACAAAGCAUGUCAUGGUCUCUAUAGUAUAUACAACAUGAGUGCACAUUUUAGUCUGGUUUUACUUGGUCUUGAGGCAGGCAGGUGUAAUUCCUAAAUGACUCUCAGUCUAUUUUAAUUAGCAUGCUUAACUUCUGAUUCCCAAAUAUAGUAAUGCAUUGUUUUUUUUGUUUUUUUUAUGACAGCAACUCCAACAACAACCACGACUCAGGCCACUACUACUACUACUACUCCUCCAGUAACAACAAGUAAGCUGAACCAAGAAUACUAUGCCUUUUGUCAUUUGUUAAAAGCAGUUUAUGUUUUUUAUUUGUUUACAACAGAGCAAAUACAAUUUACCACUAAAGAAAUAACGCUAAAGCAAAGCAAAUACACUUUACCACUAAACUGCAAUGAUUCAGAUACCGGGAUUUAAAUAGGAUAUAUCCAUUAUUAGCAGACAGCACAUAGAUUCAGUUUUAUUAUUUCUCUUACCACACGGUUUUAAUAUCAAGAAGGAUAAAUAAAUGGUCCAAAUCAAUCACUGAACAAAAUAUUUGGUAUGAUGACAUAUUGUUUACAAUCACAAACCUUUCCUGGUUACACCUGCUUACUAAUGGUUACUUCUUGAUUUUCUUCUGGUCCUUUGACUUUUUUUGACUACUUGAUCUGAUUUCUGUCUGUUGAAUUUGGCAUGCUCAACUUCUGUUUUCUAAAUAUGGUCAUUCAUUACUAUUUAUCUGCAGCAACUCCAUUGACAACCACCACUCAGACCACAACUACUCAUGGCCCAGUUACGACAAGUAAGUUAAAUCCAAAAUCCUACUCCUUUCAUUUAUUAAGAAAGUAUAUUUUUCAUAAAUUAACAGCAGAACAAGUACAAUUAACCAUUAGAGAAAUAUCAUAUCACUUUCAUUCAGACUCCAGGACUUGAAUAACAUAAUUCUGUUACUGGUAGAGGGUAAUUAGAUUCAGUAUUAUUAUCUCUCAAACUAAACUGUUUUAGAGUCAUGGGAUAAAAUAGGUCCAAAUCAAUCGUCCACCAAAAUAUUUGGCACAAGUUUUACAUAAAAAGGUGUACAAUCCUUAAUCUUUGAUCUGGUUGGGUAGCUGUAAGCCAGUUUGAUAACCUGACACAACCUCAGUUCAACUUUAUAUCCCUUUAAUCAUUAUACUGCCAUGUUUUCCUGGACACCAUGAGUCACAUGUAUUCAUCACUUGGUGGUAAAGGAGUACAGCAUCAAGUAUUAAAUUGCAUUGUUAUGGUAAAAUAGUGCAAAGUUGGUAGAUAGCAUGUGCAUUAAGUAUAAAUCAAAACUAUUGCCCAAGCUAGAAGUUAGUGGGAAAAGUACAGCCUAGAAACAGCAUUGGAAAUCAUGGUAAAUCAUACCAGCGGAUCACACUUUUUACCUAUGGGUUACUACUUGAUACACUGAGCAAAUAUUUUUCAGGGAGUUUUUAGAGCUAACCAGGUUUUUCUUCAAAAGGUUUUAGGUUACUGCCUUCAAAUAAAUGCAAGUUUGUUUUUAUCAUGGCUCUAGGACUUUCACAUUUACAUUAAGAGGAGACAAAGCAUGUCAUGGUCUCUAUAGUAUAUACAACAUGAGUGCACAUUUUAGUCUGGUUUUACUUGGUCUUGAGGCAGGCAGGUGUAAUUCCUGAAUGACUCUCAGUCUAUUUUAAUUAGCAUGCUUAACUUCUGAUUCCCAAAUAUAGUAAUGCAUUGUUUUUUUUGUUUUUUUUAUGACAGCAACUCCAACAACAACCACGACUCAGGCCACUACUACUACUACUCCUCCAGUAACAACAAGUAAGCUGAACCAAGAAUACUAUGCCUUUUGUCAUUUGUUAAAAGCAGUAUAUGUUUUUUUAUUAGUUUACAACAGAGCAAAUACAAUUUACCACUAAAGAAAUAACGCAAAAGCAAAGCAAAUACACUUUACCACUAGACUGCAAUGAUUCAGAUACCGGGAUUUAAAUAGGAUAUAUCCAUUAUUAGCAGACAGCACUUAGAUUCAGUUUUAUUAUUUCUCUUACCACACUGUUUUAAUAUCAAGAAGGAUAAAUGAAUGGUCCAAAUCAAUCACUCAACAAAAUAUUUGGUAUGAUGACAUAAUGUUUACAAUCACAAACCUUUCCUGGUUACACCUGCUUACUAAUGGUUACUUCUUGAUUUUCUUCUGGUCCUUUGACUUUUUUUGACUACUUGAUCUGAUUUCUGUCUGUUGAAUUUGGCAUGCUCAACUUCUGUUUUCUAAAUAUGGUCAUUCAUUACUAUUUAUCUGCAGCAACUCCAUUGACAACCACCACUCAGACCACAACUACUACUGGCCCAGUUACGACAAGUAAGUUAAAUCCAAAAUCCUACUCCUUUCAUUUAUUAAGAAAGUAUAUUUUUCAUAAAUUAACAGCAGAACAAGUACAAUUAACCACUAGAGAAAUAUCAGAUCACUUUCAUUCAGACUCCAGGACUUGAAUAACAUAAUUCUGUUACUGGUAGAGGGUAAUUAGAUUCAGUAUUAUUAUCUCUCAAACUAAACUGUUUUAGAGUCAUGGGAUAAAAUAGGUCCAAAUCAAUCGUCCACCAAAAUAUUUGGCACAAGUUUUACAUAAAAAGGAGUACAAUCCUUAAUCUUUGAUCUGGUUGGGUAGCUGUAAGCCAGUUUGAUAACCUGACACAACCUCAGUUCAACUUUAUAUCCCUUUAAUCAUUAUACUGCCAUGUUUUCCCAGACACCAUGAGUCACAUGUAUUCAUCACUUGGUGGUAAAGGAGUACAGCAUCAAGUAUUAAAUUGCAUUGUUAUGGUAAAAUAGUGCAAAGUUGGUAGAUAGCAUGUGCAUUAAGUAUAAAUCAAAACUAUUGCCCAAGCUAGAAGUUAGUGGGAAAAGUACAGCCUAGAAACAGCAUUGGAAAUCAUGGUAAAUCAUACCAGUGGAUCACACUUUUUACCUAUGGGUUACUACUUGAUACACUGAGCAAAUAUUUUUCAGGGAGUUUUCAGAGCUAACCAGGUUUUUCUUCAAAAGGUUUUAGGUUACUGCCUUCAAAUAAAUGCAAGUUUGUUUUUCUCAUGGUCCUAGGACUUUCACAUUUACAUUAAGAGGAGACAAAGCAUGUCAUGGUCUCUAUAGUAUAUACAACAUGAGUGCACAUUUUAGUCUGGUUUUACUUGGUCUUGAGGCAGGCAGGUGUAAUUCCUAACUGACUCUCAGUCUAUUUUAAUUGGCAUGCUUAAAUUCUGUUUCCCAAAUAUAGUUAUCCAUUGUUUUUUUUGUUUUUUUUUUUUAUGACAGCAACUCCAACAACAACCACGACUGAGGCCACUACUACUACUACUGCUCCAGUAACAACAAGUAAGCUGAACCAAAAAUACUAUGCCUUUUGUCAUUUGUUAAAAGCAGUAUAUGUUUUUUUAUUAGUUUACAACAGAGCAAAUACAAUUUACCACUAAAGAAAUAACGCAAAAGCAAAGCAAAUACACUUUACCACUAGACUGCAAUGAUUCAGACACCGGGAUUUAAAUAGGAUAUAUCCAUUAUUAGCAGACAGCACUUAGAUUCAGUUUUAUUAUUUCUCUUACCACACUGUUUUAAUAUCAAGAAGGAUAAAUGAAUGGUCCAAAUCAAUCACUCAACAAAAUAUUUGGUAUGAUGACAUAUUGUUUACAAUCACAAACCUUUCCUGGUUACACCUGCUUGCUAAUGGUUACUUCUUGAUUUUCUUCUGGUCCUUUGACUUUUUUUGACUACUUGAUCUGAUUUCUGUCUGUUGAAUUUGGCAUGCUCAACUUCUGUUUUCUAAAUAUGGUCAUUCAUUACUAUUUAUCUGCAGCAACUCCAUUGACAACCACCACUCAGACCACAACUACUACUGGCCCAGUUACGACAAGUAAGUUAAAUCCAAAAUCCUACUCCUUUCAUUUAUUAAGAAAGUAUAUUUUUCAUAAUUAAACAGCAGAACAAGUACAAUUAACCACUAGAGAAAUAUCUGAUCACUUUCAUUCAGACUCCAGGACUUGAAUAACAUAAUUCUGUUACUGGUAGAGGGUAAUUAGAUUCAGUAUUAUUAUCUCUCAAACUAAACUGUUUUAGAGUCAUGGGAUAAAAUAGGUCCAAAUCAAUCGUCCACCAAAAUAUUUGGCACAAGUUUUACAUAAAAAGGAGUACAAUCCUUAAUCUUUGAUCUGGUUGGGUAGCUGUAAGCCAGUUUGAUAACCUGACACAACCUCAGUUCAACUUUAUAUCCCUUUAAUCAUUAUACUGCCAUGUUUUCCCAGACACCAUGAGUCACAUGUAUUCAUCACUUGGUGGUAAAGGAGUACAGCAUCAAGUAUUAUAUUGCAUUGUUAUGGUAAAAUAGUGCAAAGUUGGUAGAUAGCAUGUGCAUUAAGUAUAAAUCAAAACUAUUGCCCAAGCUAGAAGUUAGUGGGAAAAGUACAGCCUAGAAACAGCAUUGGAAAUCAUGGUAAAUCAUACCAGUGGAUCACACUUUUUACCUAUGGGUUACUACUUGAUACGCUGAGCAAAUAUUUUUCAGGGAGUUUUCAGAGCUAACCGGGUUUUUCUUCAAAAGGUUUUAGGUUACUGCCUUCAAAUAAAUGCAAGUUUGUUUUUAUCAUGGCUCUAGGACUUUCACAUUUACAUUAAGAGGAGACAAAGCAUGUCAUGGUCUCUAUAGUAUAUACAACAUGAGUGCACAUUUUAGUCUGGUUUUACUUGGUCUUGAGGCAGGCAGGUGUAAUUCCUAACUGACUCUCAGUCUAUUUUAAUUGGCAUGCUUAAAUUCUGUUUCCCAAAUAUAGUAAUGCAUUGUUUUUUUUGUUUUUUUUUUUAUGACAGCAACUCCAACAACAACCACGACUGAGGCCACUACUACUACUACUGCUCCAGUAACAACAAGUAAGCUGAACCAAAAAUACUAUGCCUUUUGUCAUUUGUUAAAAGCAGUAUAUGUUUUUUUAUUAGUUUACAACAGAGCAAAUACAAUUUACCACUAAAGAAAUAACGCAAAAGCAAAGCAAAUACACUUUACCACUAGACUGCAAUGAUUCAGACACCGGGAUUUAAAUAGGAUAUAUGCAUUAUUAGCAGACAGCACUUAGAUUCAGUUUUAUUAUUUCUCUUACCACACUGUUUUAAUAUCAAGAAGGAUAAAUGAAUGGUCCAAAUCAAUCACUCAACAAAAUAUUUGGUAUGAUGACAUAAUGUUUACAAUCACAAACCUUUCCUGGUUACACCUUCUUGCUAAUGGUUACUUCUUGAUUUUCUUCUGGUCCUUUGACUUUUUUUGACUACUUGAUCUGAUUUCUGUCUGUUGAAUUUGGCAUGCUCAACUUCUGUUUUCUAAAUAUGGUCAUUCAUUGCUUUUUAUCUGUAGCAACUCCAUUGACAACCACCACUCAGACCACAACUACUACUGGCCCAGUUACGACAAGUAAGUUAAAUCCAAAAUCCUACUCCUUUCAUUUAUUAAGAAAGUAUAUUUUUCAUAAUUAAACAGCAGAACAAGUACAAUUAACCACUAGAGAAAUAUCAAAUCACUUUCAUUCAGACUCCAGGACUUGAAUAACAUAAUUCUGUUACUGGUAGAGGGUAAUUAGAUUCAGUAUUAUUAUCUCUCAAACUAAACUGUUUUAGAGUCAUGGGAUAAAAUAGGUCCAAAUCAAUCGUCCACCAAAAUAUUUGGCACAAGUUUUACAUAAAAAGGUGUACAAUCCUUAAUCUUUGAUCUGGUUGGGUAGCUGUAAGCCAGUUUGAUAACCUUACACAACCUCAGUUCAACUUUAUAUCCCUUUAAUCAUUAUACUGCCAUGUUUUCCCAGACACCAUGAGUCACAUGUAUUCAUCACUUGGUGGUAAAGGAGUACAGCAUCAAGUAUUAUAUUGCAUUGUUAUGGUAAAAUAGUGCAAAGUUGGUAGAUAGCAUGUGCAAUAAGUAUAAAUCAAAACUAUUGCCCAAGCUAGAGGUUAGUGGGAAAAGUACAGCCUAGAAACAGCAUUGGAAAUCAUGGUAAAUCAUACCAGUGGAUCACACUUUUUACCUAUAGGUUACUACUUGAUACAGUGAGCAAAUAUUUUUCAGGGAGUUUUCAGAGCUUACCAGGUUUUUCUUCAAAAGGUUUUAGGUUACUGCCUUCAAAUAAAUGCAAGUUUGUUUUUCUCAUGGUCCUAGGACUUUCACAUUUACAUUAAGAGGAGACAAAGCAUGUCAUGGUCUCUAUAGUAUAUACAACAUGAGUGCACAUUUUAGUCUGGUUUUACUUGGUCUUGAGGCAGGCAGGUGUAAUUCCUAACUGACUCUCAGUCUAUUUUAAUUGGCAUGCUUAACUUCUGUUUCCCAAAUAUAGUUAUCCAUUGUUUUAUUAUUAUUAUUUUUUUUAAAUAACAGCAACUCCAACAACAACCACGACUGAGGCCACUACUACUACUACUGCUCCAGUAACAACAAGUAAGCUGAACCAAAAAUACUAUGCCUUUUGUCAUUUGUUAAAAGCAGUACAUGUUUUUUUAUUUGUUUACAACAGAGCAAAUACAAUUUACCACUAAAGAAAUAACGCAAAAGCAAAGCAAAUACACUUUACCACUAGACUGCAAUGAUUCAGACACCAGGAUUUAAAUAGGAUAUAUCCAUUAUUAGCAGACAGCACUUAGAUUCAGUUUUAUUAUUUCUCUUACCACACUGUUUUAAUAUCAAGAAGGAUAAAUGAAUGGUCCAAAUCAAUCACUGAACAAAAUAUUUGGUAUGAUGACAUAUUGUUUACAAUCACAAACCUUUCCUGGUUACACCUUCUUGCUAAUGGUUACUUCUUGAUUUUCUUCUGAUCCUUUGACUUUUUUUGACUACUUGAUCUGAUUUCUGUCAUGCUCAACUUCUGUUCUCUAAAUAUGGUCAUUCAUUGCUUUUUAUCUGCAGCAACUCCAUUGACAACCACCACUCAGACCACAACUACUACUGGCCCAGUUACGACAAGUAAGUUAAAUCCAAAAUCCUACUCCUUUCAUUUAUUAAGAAAGUAUAUUUUUCAUAAAUUAACAGCAGAACAGGUACAAUUAACCAUUAGAGAAAUAUCAUAUCACUUUCAUUCAGACUCCAGGACUUGAAAAUCAUAAUUCUGUUACUGGUAGAGGGUAAUUAGAUUCAGUAUUAUUAUCUCUCAAACUAAACUGUUUUAGAGUCAUGGGAUAAAAUAGGUCCAAAUCAAUCGUCCACCAAAAUAUUUGGCACAAGUUUUACAUAAAAAGGAGUACAAUCCUUAAUCUUUGAUCUGGUUGGGUAGCUGUAAGCCAGUCUGAUAACCUGACACAACCUCAGUUCAACUUUAUAUCCCUUUAAUCAUUAUACUGCCAUGUUUUCCCAGAUACCAUGAGUCACAUGUAUUCAUCACUUGGUGGUAAAGGAGUACAGCAUCAAGUAUUAUAUUGCAUUGUUAUGGUAAAAUAGUGCAAAGUUGGUAGAUAGCAUGUGCAAUAAGUAUAAAUUAAAAACUAUAGCCCAAGCUAGUGGAUGUAUGAGAAAAGUACAGCCUAGAAACAACAUUGGAAAUCAUGGUAAAUCAUACCAGUGGAUCACACUUUUUACCUAUGGGUUACUACUUGUUACACUGAGCAAAUUUUCUUCAGGGAGUUUUCAGAGAUUACCAGGUUUUUUCUUUUAUAACAUUUAGGUUAGUGCUUGCCAGUAAAUGCUCUAUGGAAUAUACAACAUGAGUGCACAUUUUAGUCUGGUUUUGCUUGGUCUUGAGGCAGUCACAUUCACUUGCUGACUUUCAGUCUAUUGUAUUUGGCAUGCUAAACUUCUCUUUUCUAAAUACAGUCAUCUAUACUUUUUUUACAACAGCAACCCCAUGGACAACCACCACUCAGACCACAACUACUACUACCCCAAUCAUACCAAGUAAGUUAAAUUUAAAAUACCAAUACAGUUAUCAUUUGUUCAAAAAAGUAUAUUUUUAUUAGGUAAAAGCUCAGCAAAAUCAAUAUACCUCUAGAGAAAUAACAGAUCACUGUCAUUCAGACUCCAGGACUUUGAGAGGAUAGUUUUGUUGCUGGCAGACAGUAUCAAAAUUCAGUUUAUCAUUUCUCUUACCAGUGUUUUAAAAUCAAGGAAGAUAAAACUCAAGGUCCAAAUUUAUCACAUAACAAAAUCUCUGGUAUUACUUUAACAUUAUAGGGUUUACAAUCACAAACCUUUGCUGGAUUCAUUUUGCUCCUUUCAGGUAGUUGUAAGCCAGUUUUAUCACCUGACACAAUCUCCAUUCUACUUUAUAUCCCUCCGAUCAUUUUUCUGUUAAAUUCUCCCAGAUACCAUAUGUCCCAUUUAUUCAUAACUUGGUGUUAGAGGAAUAAAGCAGAAUGUAUUAUAUUGCAAUAUUAUGACAUAAUAAUGCAUAAUGAUAUGCAAUAAAUAUUUUACAAAACUAUAGCCCCAGCUUGUGGUGGGUGGGAAAAGUCCAGCCUAGACAUAACGUCAGAAUUCAUUGUUUAUCAUACCAGUGGAUCACACUAUUUACCAGAGUUUUUAGAGCUGUCGGGGUGUAUUUUUUAUUUUUUUAAGAGUUUAGACACUGCUUGCUAAUCAAUGCUAGUUAGAUUUUCUUAUGGUCGUAGGAUUUGUGCAUGUACAUUUAGAGAAGACAAGGCACAUCUCACCUUUGCCCAAUACAACAUGAGUGCACAUUUUAGUAUGGUUUUUCUUGGUCUUGAGGCAGGUGUAUUUUCUAACUGACUUUCAGUUUAUUGUAUUUGGCAUAGUUAAUGUCUGUUUUUCAUUUGUUCAGAUAAAUAUAUUUUCAUUAGUUUACAGCAAAGCCAAUUCAUUUAUCACAAGAGAAUUAACAGAUCACUAUCAUUCAGAUCAUGGAAACAUGACCUUUUCCCCAGUGUCCUGGAGACGUCCUGUGAAUUGCUCUUUCAAAGGUUAGUCCAGCAACAUUAAUGUUGCUUUAAUUUCAAUUCCAUUAAAAUUGUGAUAUGAUCAACUUUUUCCUCAACCUUACAAGGUGCCAGGUUCUGUACAAGUAAAAGACACUGACCCUGUUUAUAUGACCAAUCUGUUUGAGGAAACUGUAUGCUAUCUGCCACUCUGUUACUGUGUUUUUUUUUUCAACCCUCGCCUGUUUUCCACAAGAACCAUUUCACGCAGACAUAUUCUUUUUCCUCUUGUUCAAAGGUAAAUCAUUUAAGCUGGGCAACUCGUUCUGGACUGAUAGCACCUGUGCUGAGAAGUGCACCUGCACCUCCGUAGGCCUAGUGUGUCACAGCCAACCCUGCUCUUUUUCCCAAACCUGCCAGCCUGCCACCUUUCACUUCUCCUGCCAGAAUGUGCAGAGACGAAUUUGCACUAUAUCUGGCGACCCCCAUUACUACACCUUUGAUGAUCGUGUGCUUCACUUUCAGGGAGUCUGUACUUAUAUUCUCUCUGAGCAGAGUGGUGCAGGGCUGCCUUACUUUAGGGUGGAGGGCAAGAAUGAGCACCGGGGCAGCACUCGUGUGUCAUGGACUAAACUGGUCAAAGUCUUUGUGUACGAUGAAACAAUUGAGCUUGUGAAGGGACGUCCCGGCAUGGCUAAGGUUAGUAAUAAGGAUAAAGUCUCGAUUUCCGGUAAUUCAUUUAUUUUGCUCAUAUUUUUUACAACUGUAUGUUUUUUUUUCAUUCAGGUUAAUGGAAAUUUUGCAGCCACCCCUCUCAAACUCAACAGUGGCACUAUCGAGGUUUAUGCAUCAGGUUUUUCUGUGAUAAUCAGUACUGACUUUGGCCUGGAGGUAACCUAUGACACUAACCAUUAUGUCACCAUUGGUUUGCCCUACACUUACCAAAACGCAGUACGUGGCUUGUGUGGAAAUUUUAACAAUAACCCUUCAGAUGACUUCCAAACUCCCCAAGGCAAGGUUGUUAGCUCGGGUGUGGUUUUUGCCAACAGUUGGAAAGCUCAGACAGAUGAUGAGCCUGGUUGUGAGCCUCCCUGUGAGGGUCUUGGCUGUUUUGACUGUACUGUGGACCAGAUAGCUUUUUACAGAAAUAAUAAGCUUUGUGGAAUUCUACGAGACCGUUCUGGUCCUUUUGCUGCUUGCCAUCAACAACUUCCCCCAGAAAACGUCGCAGAGAGCUGUGUUUUUGAUCUGUGUCUUGGCAAAGGGUACCAGCCAAUUCUGUGCCAAGCCCUAAACGUCUAUGCAAGUCAGUGUCAACAGUUGGGUAUACAGCUGCCAAGCUGGAGGAGUGAAGGAUUCUGUGGUAAUAAUCUCUAUCUUUCAACAUUAAACACAAUCAUUUGGAUACAAUUUUCUGAAAUCAAUUAAUUUUUUUUUCUAUUUUCAGAAAUCCAAUGUCCCUCCAACAGUCAUUUUGAGUCCCAAGGAACAGGAUGUCCUGAUACCUGUGUCAAUCCAAAUUCUACCCUUAACUGCCCUCUCCCUAAUAAGGAGAGCUGCAUCUGUGACCCAGGAUUUAUCUUAAGUGCUGGGGACUGUGUUCCUCAUGCUGAGUGUGGCUGCAACUUCGAGGGUCGCUACUACCCCGCUGGAGAAACUGUGAUACUAGAUGACGACUGUGGGAGACUUUGCAGCUGCAGCUAUGGUUCCAUGACGUGUGUCUCUCAUGGUUGUGGCCCACUGGAAUCUUGCAGUGUGAUAGAUGGAGAAAGAGGAUGCAGCCCUGACAGUUAUGCAACAUGCUGGAAGAAGGGCCCAGGGUCAUAUCAUACAUUUGAUGAAAAGACAUACCAGCACCCUGGAGCCUGUCAAUUGACCCUUGCCAAAGUAAUGGGAUUGUCUAGUCAUCCGCACUUCAUGGUGACAACAGAAAAAGUUCCCUCAGGUCAGCAAAGUUUUGCAGAUGUGCUGACAUUUGAGGCAGAGGGUACACAGAUCUCAAUUGAAAUGACAAGCAACAGCAGAGUUAAGGUGAAGGCUAUUUUUCUCAUAUAUUUCUCAUAAUUCAAAGCAUAUCAAGGUCACUAUAAUACAACAUUGUCAAAAUGACACAUAAAGGAAAAUAUUCCUUCUGAUUAUCUGACUUACUAUUUUAAUGGCUAUUUAGGUUGAUGGUCAGCUUAUCAGGCUACCUUUCAAGUCAGCAUCCAACAGGAUUCAGAUCUACCGCAGCAACAUUCACAGUAUCAUCAUUCGCACAUCAUUUGGUGUGACUGUUCAGACAGUCUGGCCUCACUACAUACGUGUCACAGCGCCUGCUAUCUACAAUGGCACUCUUGGUGGACUGUGUGGUAAUUACAAUGGUCACCCUCAUGACGACUUCCGCACACCCAGUGGCAACCUUGUCAACAAUUCUCAAGUCUUUGGGGACAGUUGGCGACAUGGCUCCCUUGCAGAUUACUGUGUGGCAAGCACAAACCCUAAUUCAACAACUUUUAACACACCUAGGCAGGACUGUGGCAUCCUUCGCUCUCCACAUGGGCCAUUCUCCAGGUGCUGGGAUAUAACAGAUGCACAACAACAUGUAGAUGCCUGUGUUGACAGCAUCAAAGCUUCUUCAGAUCCAGCAUCAGCCCUAUGUGAGGUCCUACAAAAUUAUGCACUGAUGUGUCAACAGAAGGGCAUCACAGUAGGAUACUGGAGGAAUGUAACAGACUGCGGUAAGCACUUUGCCUGCUUUGGGCUUUGAAAUAAAAAGUCAAGACAUGCUGAAUAUUUUUUUAUUCUCUGUAGAUCAAAACUGCCCACUGAACAGCCACUAUGAACUCUGUGGAAGCUCUUGUCCUUCCACUUGCCCCAGUCUCUCUUUCCCCUUCACCUGUGACACUGUGUGCCAAGAGGGAUGUCAGUGUGAUGAUGGUUUUGUCCUCAAUGGCAACCAGUGUGUGCCACCAACACACUGCGGAUGCUAUCAUAAAGGACACUACAGGCAAAGUGGUGAGGUGUUCUGGGAUAGUGACAAGUGUCAGAGCUUGUGUAGCUGUAAUGGUAAUACUGGGAAGGUCCACUGUGCCCCAGAUUCUUGUGGUCCCCUGGAGUCCUGCCGUGUGGUGGAGGGUAAAAUUGGCUGCCAUCCGAACCUUCAUGGCAUCUGCUUAGCCUCAGGUGACCCCCACUACCAAAGCUUUGAUGGCAAAACGUUCGACUUCCAGGGCACAUGUCGGUAUGUUCUGGCAACACUUUGUAACACCACUGAUGAACUCCAGCAGUUUUCAGUUGAGGCCAAGAAUGAGCCAUUGAGAGGGUUGUCGGUUUCAGUCACUGCUGAAGUUUUUGUGGAUGUGUGGGGCCAUCGUGUGCGAAUGUCAAGGAACAGCAAUGGAAAUGUUGAGGUAGGUUUCCCUGAAUAUUGUGACGAUCAACAAUUCAGUUAGCCACCUCUGUCUGAAACCAGAUACUAAUACAAAACAAUUAUUGGUGAAAGCCUCAAUAAUUAGAAUUUUGUCAGGCUUUAAUCAUCUGGUUUUAUUUUUUGAUGGUAUAGGUGAAUGGAAGAAGAGCAGGUCUACCACUUCUCUUAAGUGGAGGUAAAGUGUCAAUUUUUGCCAGUGGAUCUUACAUCAAUGUCAAGACUGAUUUUGGGCUGAAGGUCAUGUACGAUGGAUGGAGUACAGUUUCAAUCUCUGUGCCUUCAAAUUACAGGUAUCUGCUUCUCAAAAUUUUAUUGUAGUUAUACCUUAGAUUACUGACUAAAACCAAAACAGAAACACUGAACAACUUGGGUCUUAAUUGUGAUACUUAAUUGAUGACAUUUCAUCCAUUUCAUUUCAUUAUCUUUUUUAUUGUAUUUGUUGUUUAUAUAUGCUGUGCCUUUCUAAUUUGUUGAACAAUAUGUUUUGUUUUCAAAUACAAUUGAACCUGUUUUUUUCAUACCAACAUUGUCUUAAAUUGUUUGGUCAUUCAUAUUACUCAAGUUUUGUAACCUAAUUAUUGAUAGUGCACGGACAUGUGGACUCUGUGGAAACUUCAAUAGAGAUCCAAAUGAUGACUACCAAACACCAUCUGGGAUAGUGGUCAACACUCCAGGCGAGUUUGGGGAAGCUUGGAAGGUGGAGGGCAACUACACCUGCGAUAAUGGAUGUGGCCCAUUCAGCUCACCCUGCCCAAAAUGUACAGAUGAGAAGCCUGCUAGAGCUAAAUGUGAGGUGAUUCAGGCAGCCGAUGGCCCCUUCAGUUUCUGCCAUGGGGACGUGGACCCAGCACCUUAUUUCAACGACUGUGUGUUUGAUGUUUGUGUGGCGGGUGAUGAGGGCCAAAAUCUCCUAUGCAGGGCCAUCCAGACUUAUGCUACUGCCUGUCAGAAUUCUGAUGUUCGCAUCUACCCUUGGAGAGCGGAUGCUGCCUGUGGUAGGUCCACAUAUGUUGUCUGCCUUAUUGCAGAAGCAUUAUAAGUAGUAAAGAGGUUUUCAAACAUCAGAGUCUCCUCGCCAUAAACACAGAGACCUUGUUAAAAUGGUAAAGUUUGAAUCAUCUGACAUCUUUUUUCUUUCCCCAAUUUUAAAGAACUUGAAUGUCCAGCCAACAGUCAUUAUGAGCUCUGUGGUACUGACUGCAGCCACACCUGUACCAGUAGCGUUAAUGCCACCUGUGAGCAGGUUUGCUUGGAGGGAUGUUUCUGUGACAAAGGCUUUGUCAGGAGUGGAACAGAAUGUGUCAGUGUGGAGAACUGUGGCUGUCAGUAUGAUGGCUUUUACUACAAAGUAAGUCAUUUGCCUGAAACUCUCGUUUAUAAAACUAUGCCUGAAAAAUGUUCAUGCCUCUUUGCUUACUUCACCAUUUUCUUUGGUGAACUGUCAGUUUGCUGCUCCUGUUUGACCCCCUUAAUUUCAAUCAAUCCUAAUUUUUCAUGUUACUAUUUCCACUCAGCAAUCUUUUGUCCAAUUUUUUUUUUAGAUUGUACAUGAACCAAUUUAUUUAUUUUGGACCUCUUUUUCUCUCUUGCUUCAGGCUGGUGAGUCCUUCUGGACAGAGGAUUGCUCUGAGCAAUGUAAAUGCCAUGGACCCAAUGACCUGCGCUGUUUUGUCGCAUCUUGCACUCUGGCACAAGAGUGCACCAUCAGAGAUGGCCUGCGGGGCUGCUUCGGUGCUUCUGUGUCUGUUUGCACUGUGUGGGGAGACCCACACUACUUUACCUUUGAUGGGGCACUGGCUAAUUUUCAAGGCACAUGUUCGUACAUCGUCACUGAGAGUGUGGACCACAACAUGAAUGAAACCCAGUUUCAGGUAGUAGCCACCAAUAAUCACCGUGGCAACAACCAAGUGUCAUUUGUGUCAGCAGUGGAUGUAUACCUCUCAAAUGGGCCAGAGAGUGUACACAUCACAAUAGGCCCAAACAAAAUAUUAAAGGUAAACACAAUCAUUUUCAAGAAGAAAACCUAAGUGCAAACAUAAGCAAAAAUCACCUCCAAACUUCUUCAUCUCUCUUUGAUCUUCAUUUCAGAUAAAUGGAAGUGGGAUGUCCCUUCCCACCAGAGAGGGAGCCCUAGCUCAAGUAACAAAGCAAGGCAGCUUCAUAGAAGUCAAUGCUGGUGACCUGAUAGUGGAGUUUGAUGGGCAGAGCAUUUUAUUAGUGAGAAUCAGCCAAAACCGUGAAAACAGAGUCAGGGGGAUGUGUGGAAACUUCAACGGUGACCCAUCAGAUGACAAAACCCUGCCCAAUGGAACACUGGCACUAAAUGACAGUCAAUUUGGACAUAGCUGGAAGUCAACAAGUAGCCGGCCUGGGUAAGAGAUUGGGAAAAAAAGACAUGCAGGAUAUUCUCAAUUUAGUUGAAUCAAAAAACAGGUGUUGUUUGACUCGUGUAACACACUUUUAGUACCUUUUGGGCUGAGGCUGACUGUGUAAGAUGUUAUACAUUCUUCAGUUAAAUGUUAACUAUCUUUCCAGAUGUGGAUCCAUGAAUGAGGACACUGGUGAUGGACUAAACUGUCCCUGCAUAGAACAAUACUCAGAGCUCUGUGGUAUCAUUUUCAACUCCAGUGGCCCAUUCAGUGCCUGUCACCAGCACUCUGACCCCAAGCCAUUUUUCAACUCCUGUGUGUAUGAUCUUUGCCUCUACACUCCUGCCAACAAGAUGCUGUGUUCUGCUGUCUCAGCCUAUGAGAAAACCUGCCAGGCCUCAGGGUUUGACAUCUCAGAAUGGCGCUCCUUUUUGCAAUGUGGUAUGUUUUCACUUAAUAGAUAGAGAAUAAGGAAAUACACCCUAAGCUACUUUUGCAUGUGGGUUGGUCUCUUCCUGCUUAGUCAAGUUAAGCUUAUUGCUUAAUUUGUCAGAGACUAUGUUCAGCAAACAUUUGUCUCCAUUGAUAGGAGGAGAUGUGCUGGCCCAAAUUUGGCUGAUUGGUUUGAUUCCAUUUAGAAUCCCUAAUCCUUAGUCCCCUAUUUAUUUUUUCUUAAUUUGUCCACAGAGGAGCCAAACCCCUGUGACCUGCUGAACUGCACAGAGACAGAGUGGUGUGGAGAAAAUAAUGGAGUGUACGGCUGCCAUUGUGAUGAGAACCACCACCGGGCCAAGAAUGAAGGAUAUGGUGAGGGUGCCUCUUGAAUGUUACACCAUUUUUUGAAAUCAACAAAUGGUUGAGUGUAAGUUGAGAAGUAGGUUUAGCUUCAGUUUAUAAGCACUUGGAACUGUAAUACUUUCUUGGGAUACAUGCUAUUAUUGGCAAAAUAAUGGUAACAGUAAAUAAUAACUAAAAAGUUAAUCAUUGGUAUCUGUCUUGUGGUAAUGACUUAUCUCGUUAUCUCAAUAUACCAAAGUUCAUUUUCUUGUGAUAACAAAGUAUUUUGUUAUUUCGUGAUGACAAAGAUCAAUUUCUCGUGAUAGCGGAAAUGCUGUUUUAGCUGACUUAAAAUGGUAACUCAACAACGCCCUCUAGAGUGAGAUAUUUCUGAAACACUGCAGCCAUCAUUGUCAACAGCAAGCCGGGGUUUUCAAUGCAGCGCUGAUGCCACUUUUCAAUUGGCGCAUGUGCAUUUGACUUUAAAUGUGGAAACAUUUAAAUGCCAUGUGUGAAACAGACAACAACAGUAACAAUGGUGGACACAUUGGCCACCUCAUUUAUCAAGCUUGCGUACGGCAGAAAACUUGCGUACACCUUGCAUACGACAAUUUUGACGUGAGGACCGGCAUUUAUCAAUCUGCAUGUGAGCGUACGCUACGACCAAAUCUCAUGACAGGUCUGACAUCGUGUACUCAAGUUUGAGUCAGUGUGGAUCUGUGGUGCAGCAAAUGUCUGUCUGAAAAUAAUUGAUAAACAAACCUCAAACCUGUCAUUAAGCACAAUCAGACAGAUUUCAUUAAAGAUUAAGACGUAAAUAAAAUAAUAUAAAUUAAAUUUGUUAUGUCCUUGGUGAAUAGGCCUAUUCGAUAACUCUGCCCAGAAACACUGCCACAGAGCAGGAGCACCGUUUUAACAUUACACACACACGCGCCUCUGUGGAGCGCUUCAUUUGACUACUAAAAGGCAGGUGUCUCUGUCUUGGCCCAGCAGCGGGGACAUUGUUGUACACUCCUGAAAGGGUGUGGGACAUCAUUUGGGCCGGUACAGUUUUGCAAAAUGUUGCUCUGGCGAAUGGAGUGCCGUUGGCUGUGCCGGUGCAACGUGAGUACCUGAUGCCUGGAGAACAAUAAUGAGGAGAGCCUCCACAAAGGUGCUGUACAGAGGAGACAGGACCUUAUCGAUGGAUUCUGAUGUAAAAUAUAAGUUUAGAAAGUGCUCUUGCUAUUUAAUCAGUGAUAAAAAAUCCGAUAGAAAUCCACAAAAAUGUGCCUCAUGGGCAGCAACACACUGUUUAGUGACAUUAAUAAUUAUUUUUGUUGAACCUCUGUCAGACUCUCCAGUCUGCUCUACAUUACAAAGACUUGCCUUGAUUGGAGAUGCGGAGCAGGUGUGUAGUCUCACUCAGCCUCAGCGCCGGGGGAGGGGAGGAAGCCCUGGAAAAGAGUAAAGCCAGACCAAGCAAACAAGGAAACACAGGAAGUCCAGCCAAAAUAAAACAAGAUGAGGAGGCGUCUCACCACAAACCCUUGAAUAUUAAAAAAACAAACUUUGGGUAACAAAGGAAAAAUAUUGAUGCUUCAGUUAAUAUCGAAAGUAUUGAAAUUAAUAGAUUAAAUCAAAUAAAAUUUUUUGGUGUUAGUAUUGAUCAUAAAUUGACCUUGAAAUCACAUAUUAAUGGAACAAAAGUGAAAAUAGCAAAAAAGGUUGCUAUGUUGAACAAAGUAAAGUACUACAUAGAUUAUAAAGCUUUGUACCUCUUUUAUAAUUCGAUUAUUGUUCCAUAUCUGACCUACUGUGUUGAAGUGUGGGGAAGUGCACGUAAAACUUUCAUCCAGCCAAUUUUAAUUUUACAAAAAAGAGCAAUACGAAAUAUUGGUAGAAGUCAUCACAGAGAUCCCUCAAACCCAUUAUUUGUUCAGUUGCUGUUGUUGAAAUUCAAUGAGUUAAUAGAUUUCAGUAUGUUGCAGAUUAUGUAUAAAGCUCAUAGGAAAAUUUUACCAUUCAACAUCCGGAGCCGAUAUGAAAAGAGAGAAAGUUGUCAUAAUUUAAAAGGAUUUGAAAUAUUUAAAAAGCCAAGUUUCAAAAAUAAACUGAAAGAGCGCUGUGUUACAGUGAGAGGAAUAAGUUUGUGGAACAAUCUGAACAAUGAAACUAAGGAAGCUAUGUCAAAUUUUGUCUUUAAAAAAGUGUCAAAGCAGGUAUGUUGAGCAAAUACAGGGAAAUAUGUUAAUCUAAGUCUUGGUAUGUUUGUUUUGUGGAAAAAUGUGAAUUAACGUGGUCUUUUCUGUUUGUUUUUGAAAAAUAAGGAAUAAUGAACUGUGAACUUGUUAAUUUUUAUUGUGUUAAGUUGAUUUAUAUCUUAUGAAAGGGGGCAGACUCUAUAAGAUUUUUCUUCUUUCUGCUCCUUUUCAUUCACAUUUGAGAUUUUUCCUUGUUUGAAUUAAAUGUUUUAAAUAUUAACUGAAUGACCUAAAGUAUGAAAAUGAAAUAUAUGGUCCAAGCUCAAGGCAUAAUUGUACACAAUCCAAUCCCCUGGCUUAUAAUUAUUUUGGAGCACGGUUAGCCUUGGGACAAAGCUUGUUGGAUACAGCGCUGAUGUUAAAAAUAUAUAUUUUAGACAAUCCGUUUACCUCUGAGGUCUAGAUUAAAUAAGAAAGAUUGAUAGCCUGGACUGACUUUGUCCCCUUACAAGUCUUCUGGUUUAUUUUUCUCAUACAGUACAUUGUAAAUAUGGAUCAGUGCGUUUUUAUUAGAAUUAUUACACAAAAAAAUACAUCUUUUUUAAACUUUGUAAAUUACACUUUACAGACUCAUCAAUCUCUUGCACCGGUAGCACAGGCACCAUGUCUUUGUCACGCUGCCAGCUAUUUGAAGCUGGCUUCCACCCAAGUGCCCUCCACCUCAAAGAUAAGUCCUGCACCGGGUUGACUGUCGAUGGACGAGUUGUGUUUCACUUUGACAAUGAAGACAACCUGUGUGGAACAGUCCUUAGGGUACAAACUAUAGACUUAAAUCUUACAACAAAACUUAAAGUUAAAAAUUACCAUUAUUUAUAUUUGAACCAUAAAUCAACUUGCACCACUGUCAUUUUCAAUUUCAGAGCAACGGGACCUAUUUCAUCUAUGAGAACCGCAUUAAUGGUGAAAUAGAUCCUACUGAGGGUCCAAUCAGCCGUAAAAAGCACCUUAAUCUGGAAUUUGGCUGUCACUAUCCUCUGACCAAGGCUGUGUCUAUGGCUGUGGCCAUCAACCCUCUAGAAAGGUAAAAAAAAAAAAAAAAGGCUAUUCCUCUGUUUUGGCAAUAAAUUUUUAAAUAAAUGUUGCAAAUGAUGUGAAAUAUUAACAGUCUGUCUUGAAGAGAAUGUCUGUUUUCAGGGAUUUCUUGUCAAUAAUGUCUGAUACUAAAAUAAACAAAUUGAGUAUAGUUUUGGAUUUAUCAUGUUUAACACUACUCAGUUGCUCAUUAAUCUGUGCUAUUUACACUAACAGUGAAACAGUUUAGUGUUUGGUUCUCAAGUAAUAUCUAUGCUUUGGUCUCCUCUUAAUAUGAGUGACAUUGUGGGUUUUUUUCAGCAUUGUGAACAGGAAGCUCCCUGCUGGCGUUGGGAGCUAUAACAUCAGGAUAACCCCCUUCCUGGACGCUGACUUCCUCAUCCCUUUCUCUGGUGGCAGUGGGACAGGAAUUGAAGUCGACGAUGAAGUUUAUGUGGAAGUUCAGACGGAUGGGGUCGAUGAACAGCAGAUCUCCACCAUCAUUGAUACUUGUUGGGCCACUCCUGUCAAUAAUCGAGACUACCCUGUCCGCUGGGAUCUCAUUAUCUCAGGGUACAGCCACUUUUUAAACUUGAAACAUGAUCUCAGUAACUUAUUUUUUGUCCUUGAUUUAUACAGUCUUAGAAUGCUCAGAUAACAUUUCUCUGAAUGCUACUUUACAUGGUCCAUGUCUGUCUUUCAGGUGUCCUAAUCCAGCAGACGACACUGUAGAGGUCAUACAAAACGGCAUCUCCACGGUGUCCAGAUUCUCGUUCAAGAUGUUCGCCUUUACCAAUUAUUCAACCAUCUACUUGCACUGCCAGGUCCACCUCUGUCUUAUAAAAAGCGGAGAGUGCUCCUCUGUGAGUACUGCUGUAUUUGGGCUUACUAUGAGAUUAUACAUUUUUCACAAAUGCAUCACCAAAAGAUACUUGCAUUGUUUUCUUGCAGCACUGCUACCCUGGUCACAUUCCACGAGUUCGAAGGGACAUCUCCAAACAUGACACUGCAGACAUGUCAGUGGGACCCAUUGCAUUAAAGCAGAAAAGAUCAUCCUUCAAAGGUAACACUCUCUUUAUUUUUGAAAUUCAGAUAACAUUGAGCAGGUUUAGUACUAUUUAUGAAAACUUUGGAUGUUUAUUUAUUUUUAUUUUUAUUUUUAUUCAGAUUUGAUCAUUUUCCAGAGCAGUGCUUCAGCCCAAUUGGUAUCCACAGUGUCCCUGCUCGUCAGUCUGCUGACUGCCAAAACUUUGAUCUGGAUGGCUUUGAGUUAA